AAUAAAUCAUGUAUAUUCUAUUAAACUUUUAGAAAAAUAAAUCAAAUCAAUCAAUAAACGUAUCAAAACCUAAACCAGCUCAUUCAGAGUUUUCUGGGGGGAAAGUAAAUUAAGAAAAAUUCUUUUAUGAAAAUCAGAAUCCGGGCAGUUUUCCUACAUGAUGACAAAUGUUUGAAAGGCGGGUUGAGUGAAGUGGAAACUCCUCAAGAGCGUGUAUAAAAACAGUGGAGGAGCGCGCUUCAGAAGUCUCCCGAGUCGUCUUGAAGGCGUCGCUCACUAACUUGCGCAAUCAGGAUGCGGUCAGCUCAGAGUAAGUGCAGCGCUCAGCGGCCGGACGGAUGCGCUCGUGCACACGCAGCUCUUCACUUUCUCUCUCUCUCUCUCUCUCUCUCAGACGCAGCUCUCUUCCUGUCUGCCGUCGCCGCGGCGCUCCUCGCUCGUCUGCACGCGCUGCCUGUCCACGGUGGCCUGCCCGAACCGUCCCAGGCGUCUGGAGACGAGGUCCAGGACGUGAACGGAAAGAGUCCUCUGAGCGACCGGCUGAAGUGGAACCUGAUGGCCAGAGACCUGCACAGAGACGUCAAGAGCCUGCGAGACCAGCAGUUCGAGAGGGACUUUAAGGACGCCGGGAACAUGACGGAGUUUGAAAGCGUGAGGAUCGAGACGCCGCUCCUCAGGCCCUCUGACGGAUGCCUGUCCAGAAACUUCAGCUCGGAUCUGUGUCUGAGCCGCAUUUCCGGCGUCCUGAGCUGGUAUAAAGACCACUGGAGCUUCGUCGAGAACGAGAACCUGACCUCGAGCCUGGUGAACGGCGUCAGGCUGAGCACUAAACGCCUGCUGGAGGCCAUCGACAGCCAGGUUAGGUCUGUCCGUCUGACCCCAGCGGUUCCCGCCGCUCUGUUCCCGCAGCUGCAGCCGGCAGAUCAGGUCUCCAGCGCUCCCCUGACGGUCAGCUCGGCCUGGACUCGUAAGACCGUGGCUCACUCGCUCCUGUACAACUUCACCAGCGUGAUGAUCGACACGUGCAGAGCCGUCAACUACAUGAGCAAACACAGAGCGGCGCGCCGGGCCGAAGACGCCAAGAGACCCGCAGAAGACAAGAACUAACCCACGCCGUUAUUUAUUGAUUUCAUUCAGGGAAGAAUAACUUAAUAUUUAUGAGCCUGUGCUGUUAACUUAUUGAGUGUUGAGCGACGCUGAUAUUUAUAAACGCGAUAUUUAUAUGCCGG